CAGAAACAGCUGACAGAAUGAUUGAUGUUACUUGGCUUGUGAAGAGGAGAGCUAAAACCAUGGGACUUUUUAGGAACAAAACCCUCAAGAGGACACUUUGUGGAUUCCUUGGCCUAGCUGGGCUCACAGUGGUACUGGUGUACGUCGUAGUUCCUAUUUUAUUCCUAUGGUUCCCUGGGAUCAUGAGAAGCUUCAUAUUUGAAGCUAAGGGUAAGAUCAAGGAUGAAGAACUUCCAUUGUUCAUGGAUUAUGAACAUCCUGAGAAAGUUGGAUUUGUUGGAGCCAAAAACUUUUAUGUUAACAGCACGGAUGGAGCAAAAGUGGGGGUUUGGCACACAUUACCUGUGGGACAAGCAAUGAACGAGACCAACACAGAUGAGACUUACAGACAAUCGAUGGCAAACGCGACAGUGGUGCUUUACCUCCACGGCAGCGCAGGCACACGCGCAUCUUCUCACAGGCUGAGAGUGUACAGACUGCUGAACAAGAUAAACUACCAUGUCUUUGCUCUGGACUACCGAGGAUACGGUGACUCAAAAGGUUUUGCUAAGAAUGAAACAGACUUGAUCGAAGACGCAAAAGCAGUUUACACCUGGAUCAGAGAAAGAGUAAUUUCUGGACACAUUCUACUGUGGGGGCACUCCCUAGGGACUGGAGUUGCCGCACAUUUGGCAGAUUUGCUGGUCAGCAGAGGAGAUCCCCUAUCUGGAGUCAUUAUGGAAUCUCCUUUUGACAACAUGGCUUCUGCUGUGAGGGCCCAUCACCUCGCUAAGAUUGUUGCCCCUGUUCCCUGGUUCGAGCACUGCUUUAUCCAGCCCCUCUAUGACAACGACAUGGCAUUCUCCAGUGAUAAACAUCUAUCAAACAUCACAACCCCGGUGCUAAUAUUUCAUGCCAAAGAUGACAAAGUCAUUCCAUACGAGCAGUCAGUGCAGCUGUACGAGGCAGUGACGUCAGCCCGUAAGGACUCAGCCUCCAUAGAAUUCAUCAGUUACGAUGCAAGUCUUGGCUACGGACAUUACAACAUUCCUCUGGACCCCAAUUUCAACUCGACAGUCAGAGAAUUCGUAGACAAGUCUAUACAUAGAGUCACAUAGGACAUCAACUUCGCUCACAACAAUUCCAAUUGGAGAGUGUUUCUUCAGUUUAAAUAUGUUUUGUUUUUUGUUAGCUGAUUUUUUAUGUUAAUAUUUAAAAUAUUUCACUGUGCAAGACAAAAUUUAUAUAAAUUAAGUGUUUUAGUAAAUAUAAUGAUGUUUUGUUAAGAAAAUACCAAA